CUGGGUUUUGUGGAAUUGAUGGGUUCUGAGAAGGGUUUGUGUUUGAAUUGAUGACCAAUCCUUCAUAAUGGUGCUUUUGAUUGGAGGAUGCUAAAGCUGGGUUUUCCCUGUGAAGCAAUCAUUAAAGGAAAUAAAAGUAGAGGCUCUCCUCAUCAGCCAAAGUUUGAAACUUGACUCACUCUCACUUAGUAUCUAGAGCUCAAAAUCUGGUUUCAGUUUUUUUGGCUUUCUGGGUGAGACUGACUGGUUUUAGAUUGAAAAGGGCUUGAUGCAUCUUUCAGUAUGGAAGCCUAUAUCUCACUGUGCUGCUCUGCUAAUGGAGAAGAAGACCAGAAGGAGAGACGGUUCUGGUUUAUCAGUGGAUGCCAAGAGAAAGCCUUCAGUUCUUCGUCAAUUGCAAGAGAACAAGCUCAGGGAGGCUCUUGAAGAAGCAUCAGAAGAUGGGUCUCUUUCGAAAUCGCAGGACAUUGAUUCCUCUGAGGCUCCAAAUCAAGAUGGCAGCAGCUUUGGGAGAUCAAGAUCUCUUGCUAGGCUCCAUGCUCAGAGGGAGUUUCUGAGAGCCACAGCACUUGCUGCUGAUCGUACAUUUUCGACAGAGGACUCCAUUCCUGAUCUCAAUGAAGCAUUCAACAAGUUCCUCACAAUGUAUCCAAAAUUCCAGUCUUCAGAGAAGAUUGAUCAUUUGAGAGCUGAUGAGUACAGUCACCUGCAAGAGGCUUUUGCCAAGGUAUGUCUUGAUUACUGCGGUUUUGGGCUGUUUUCGUAUCUGCAAACACUGGCAUGUUGGGAAUCAUCUGCAUUUACAUUGUCUGAGAUAACUGCAAAUUUGAGUAACCAUGCUCUUUAUGGUGGUGCUGAGAAAGGUUCUGUUGAACAUGAUAUCAAGACUAGGAUUAUGGAUUACUUGAACAUUCCUGAAAACGAAUAUGGUCUUGUUUUCACUGUUAGCAGAGGGUCUGCCUUUAAAUUGUUGGCUGAAUCUUACCCUUUCCAAACAAAUAAGAAGUUGUUGACAAUGUUUGAUCACGAGAGCCAAUCUGUGAAUUGGAUGGCUCAAAGUGCUAAAGAGAAAGGUGCUAAGGUAUAUAGUUCCUGGUUUAAAUGGCCAACCUUGAAACUUUGCUCUAGGGAGCUGAAAAAGCAAAUUGCAAACAAGAAAAGGAGGAAGAAGGAUUCUGCUACGGGGCUUUUUGUAUUUCCUGUUCAGUCAAGAGUAACCGGGGCCAAGUACUCUUACCAGUGGAUGGCACUUGCUCAGCAGAACAAUUGGCAUGUAUUACUUGACGCUGGUUCACUGGGUCCUAAGGACAUGGAUUCACUUGGGCUGUCUCUCUUUCGGCCGGAUUUCAUUAUUACAUCUUUCUACCGGGUAUUUGGAUCUGACCCAACUGGAUUUGGAUGCCUCUUGAUCAAGAAAUCUGUUAUGGCGAGUCUGCAAAGUCAAGGGGGGCGCACUGGGACUGGAAUGGUGAGGAUUCUCCCAGUUUUUCCACAGUACCUGAGUGAUUCUGUGGAUGGUAUUGACAGGUUGGCAGGAAAUGAGAAUGAUGCAGUCAACCGUGAUGAAGAAAUGUUGCCUGAAGUAGAUGGGGGUUCACUGAUGCCUGCCUUUUCUGGUGUGUUCACUUCCAAUCAGGUGAGGGAUUGUUUUGAGACAGAUAUGGAUCAGGACUCAGAUAGGGAUGGAGCAAGCACCAUUUUUGAGGAAGUGGAGAGCAUUUCAGUUGGGGAAGUUAUGAAGAGUCCAAUCUUCAGUGAAGAUGAGUCCUCGGACAAUUCAUACUGGAUUGAUUUGGGUCAGAGCCCAUUUGGUUCUGAUCAUUCUGGCAAUAUAAUGAGACAAAACACAGGUUCACCCUUGCCACCAUUAUGGUUCUCUGGCAAAAAAAACAGCAAGCUUCCCUCUCCAAAAGUUUCAUCUAGAAUUCCAAAGAGCCCUUUAUAUGAUGAUAAAAGGUUAAAGCUCAGACAGCAUGAAGAUCCUGUGUUGUCUUUUGAUGCAGCUGUAUUAUCAAUGUCACACGAGCAGGACCGUGUUAAGGCAAUUCCUGAAGAAGAGAUGUUUGCUGAAACAGAUGCUGCUGCCUCAGGAAAUAGUAGAUUGUACUCAGAUUCCGUCCAUGUUAGGGAAAUUCAAGAAGAAGCUGAAAUCAGGGAAGUUUCCAUGCCCAGUAGUUCGGGGCUUAAACACAGUGGCAUUGGCAGUUCCUCAACCUCAGAAAUUUGCCAAGAAGCAAAUGGAAGUGCUGCUAUAAGGAGAGAGACAGAAGGUGACUUUAGACUUCUAGGAAGAAGGGAGACAAAUAGAUUUCCUGGCAGUAGACUUUUUGGUUUAGAAGAGGGUGAUCAUGAUCCAAGCAUGAGUAGUCGCAGGGUAUCUUUUACUGUGGGAGACAAUAGAGGGAUAUCAAGCCAUAUUUUUGAGCCCGGAGAACCAUCUAUGGCUACCCUUGGUGAUGACGAACUUAUGAGUGAAGGAGACUAUGUUGAUGAUCAGGAGUGGGGGAGGAGGGAGCCUGAGAUAGCUUGUCGGAAUCUUGAUCAUAUUAAUAUGUUGGGUCUGAACAAAACUACUUUCAGGCUGCGGUACCUUAUCAAUUGGCUUGUUACCUCGUUACUUCAACUUCGGUUACCUGGUCCUGAUGAAGGUGCGGGAUUGCCACUUGUGCAAAUAUAUGGUCCUAAGAUCAAAUAUGAAAGGGGUGCAGCUGUUGCUUUUAAUGUGAGACAGAGCAGUGGAAAAGGGCUAAUUCACCCUGAAGUGGUACAGAAGUUAGCCGACAAACAUGGUAUAUCUCUUGGUGUUGGUAUCCUUAGUCAUGUGCGUAUUGUAGAUGGCCCCAAGCAACCUUGUGGAGCACAAGAUCUUGAAGAUACGUCUUUGUGCAAGCCAAUGGCUAACGGUCGCCAAGGUGGUAAGAAUACAUUCUUCAGAGUUGAGGUGGUAACAGCUUCACUUGGAUUUUUAACCAACUUUGAAGAUGUGUAUAAGAUGUGGGCUUUUGUUGCCAAGUUUCUUAGUUUGUCAUUUGUUGAAGGGGAUGAGUUAUCUACAGUACCAGAGGAUUCAGAAACAGAACACUUGUAAAGUAUAUGGUUGCUUUUGUCUCUGCAUUGAAGAAAACUGACGCUGAUCACUCUAUUUUCCCCACCUCUGGUGACUGUGAUCAAGCCAGCAGCUGAACACAUGAGUAAGUAAAAGGAUCCAUACUCUGUUCAAUCUCAUAUCUUUAGUGUUUCCUUCUGAGCAGAUGAAUUUGUUUAUUCUUGUUGUGAUAUCUGGUAGUAAUGUAUUUUUGUCAUUACUGGUGUUCAUUUUCAUGGAGUGUUUUCUCCACUUAAAACC